AGCCAGGAGAGCCUGAGGGAAGAGGCGAGAAAUGAAACUCUCUAUUCUGGUUUCACUUUCAAGGCAGGAAACGGCUCCUGACUCCCAGAAUACGAGCCUCCUGACUCCCAGAAUACGAGCCUCCUGACUCCCAGAAUACGAGCCUCCUGACUCCCAGAAUACGAGCCUCCUGACUCCCAGAAUACGAGCCUCCUGACUCCCAGAAUACGAGCCUCCUGACUCCCAGAAUACGAGCCUCCUGACUCCCAGAAUACGAGCCUCCUGACUCCCAGAAUACGAGCCUCCUGACUCCCAGAAUACGAGCCGCCUGACUUCCAGAAUACGAGCCUCCUGACUCCCAGAAUACGAGCCUCCUGACUCCCAGAAUACGAGCCGCCUGACUUCCAGAAUACGAGCCUCCUGACUCCCAGAAUACGAGCCUCCUGACUCCCAGAAUACGAGCCUCCUGACUCCCAGAAUACGAGCCUCCUGACUCCCAGAAUACGAGCCGCCUGACUUCCAGAAUACGAGCCUCCUGACUUCCCGGCCGCCUCUCCGGAUCUUCACCGUCCUGAUUGAGGACUCAGGAGUGUCAGGGGAGUUCCUCUAAGGUGACCAUGGAUGGGGAGACGUGGAGGACAGGAGAACCUCGACAGGUAGACGAGGAGCAAAGUCUGGGAGAUAGCGAGGACGGGAUUUCCUAAUCCACCUUCCACCCCGGUCUUCAACCUUCCCGUCUUCCAGACUUCCAGGAUCUACAGCUGGGACGAGAUCAGUGAUCACGGAGGGAGCCCAUCAAGUGAGCCAACAUCAACUGGACAACCUUCUUCUCCAGCCCGGUGAUGGGAACGUUCAGAAGGAGUUCCACUCAAUUCUCCUGAACACAGACGAGAAUGGCGCUCUAUGGUGUGGUGAUCCAAUCGGUAAAACUCAACUGUUGAAUAUCCUGAGAAAGAGUCUUCCAAUCUUGGAACAUGGAGAGAUAUCCGGAUUUACCUCCCAAACAUCUACAACCUAUAAAUAAAGAUGGCAAUGAAAAUAAAAAUGUGUUCAAUCAAUUCAUUGAAGAACUGGGACUGAAUAGGUAUACAAAGCACAAGCUGACACCUUCAGAUGUCCUGAGCAUCAAUCAGGAGGUUCUAUCAGAUGCUACUUGCCGCUCUAUAAAGGACAUUACUUGGCGCUUCUUAAGAUGGCUUAUAUCGCUGAAUACCAAUGCCAAUAAUUCAAUGUUCUGCGGCUCCGAAAUGGAUCGACGCUCAAUACCUAGUAUCUCUGGACAAGGCAAAUCAGUUACAAGGUCUGAGACCCCCAUUGAUAUUAGCAUGUAUUUAUCAAAAGCAAAUGAGAGCUACAAUCUGUCUGAUUCUAUUUAUUUACGAGAUAGUGAAAAUGAAUGGCCAACUGUCCACCCCCUUGAUGUUCUCUGUGCCCUCCUGAACUGUGCAGACAAUUUUCUAAGACAAGAGAUUGUAACCAGACUGUCUAUGUCUCAGUUUGCUGUCCCUCUACUGCUCCCUGCUGGUGAUGGUAUGGAAGGCAUGUUUAUGUUGUGGGCAAUGAGAAAUAUUGUGAAGUACUUACCAACAGAAACUGGGGAGUUUGUAGAAGACUAUUUGGUGAAUAUUCCUAUGCCCUUAUUCUCUUUUGUAAGACUUGGGGAAUGUAAGAACAUAUCCAAAUCUCAGAUCCUUAACCAAGUUCUUAGCCUCAUCUCACACAGCUGCCGUACAGAUUUUGUACAUCGGGAAAUGAAUUGUGGUAAAGGCUCUAGAAUCAUAUCCAAUGGCCUGGUAGAGCUUGCCUGGUAUCUCCCUACUAAAAAUACUGGUCCCUGUUGUGCCCAACAACCUUUUGCCAUUGCCAACCUGCACGGGGACAUACAGGCAAACCUGAGACAGUUUCGGUUCCUAGCAAAUGUUUCAUCCGCCGUGUUCAUACUUCUUGAAGGAGCGUCUGUCUGGGGUGAGAUAUAUAAUGAGGAAUGUGAUCAUUUUUAUUUCAUAGUUGGACACCCAUCCAAUAGUUCCAUGAAUUAUGAGACAGAACAACUAUGUAAAGCUUUAUCUUCAUCCCUUUCAAAUCUUAAUAUUCUAUUGGGAAUUGAGAAGAACCUAGAGGAGAAAAUCCAGCUGGUAAUUCAAAAUGCCAUUGAGGUAAACCCUAACCAAAUGACAUUGACUGAUAUGGCAGCAUUAGGAUCUGCUUUUGGCUUCUCUAUUGACGAAAACCAAAGAGAUUGCCAGUAUGCUAAACUGCACACCUUGGAGCUGACCCAUGAUAUUUCAACUACAGCAAAAUAUAAUGAAAAUUAUCUAAAGUCCCUGAAAGAAAUAAGAAUACAGCUCACCAAAGUUCAAAAUGAAAAGAAUCAACCAGAACAACAAGGCAAGUCCAACAAAGAACACUUCAAGUCAGAGUUAGCUGACCACAUGCUGAAGAGCCUCCUUAGGUGCUUAUGGAAUGACGACAUCACCAAUUUAGUGUAUGCUUUUACUUUUAUGAGCCGGGCACAGAAACAAUAUUUCCUAAAAUGGAUGCAGGUUCACCGUCACAAAGCCUCUACAAACACUUUGCUUGAGGAAGCAAUGCAAAGGAACAUUUUUUAUGAUUUAGUACACAUUUAUCAGGCAGAAGCCAUAGUUUCAAAAGCAACAGGACACGUUCCUAGAUGUUCUGAGCUGCCUAAAACUGCAGCAGAUCUGCUGUUGGAUGGGUUUCCACUGGUUUUCAUCGGUGAAGACACCUUUAGUGUACACCUUCCAUGGAUAACCGAUGUCCUGACUGACCUGGUCAACAAGACAAGAGGACAAUGCAGAGUGAGAGUGAUAUCUGCGUUGGGAGUUUACUGCACGGGGAAAUCCAGUCUACUCUAUACCAUGUUUGGGUUGCAGUUCCAGGUCACCAGACCUCAACCCACAAAAGGGGCCUUAAUGAGUCUUAUCAAAGUGGAAGACAGCUUUAAACAGAAGCUGGACUGUGAUUUCCUCUUGGUGAUUGACACCGAAGGAUUAAGAGCCUCCAAGUUGGCAUCUGAAAAGGAAAAAUUUGAACAUGACAAUGCAUUGGCAGCAUUCAUGAUUGGGAUGAGUGACAUAGUCAUCUUCAGCCUGUCCGGUGAAAAUCCAUUGGACACCAUCAACAUUUUCCAAAUGGCAACAUGUGCCCUUCUAAGGAUGAGAGACUCGGGAAGAAGACCGGCUUUGUAUUUUGUACAAACUGAUGCAACAAAUGGUUCUUCUGAUGGAGAAAACAGUAACAAAGACAAAAUACACCAAUGUCUUCAUGAAACAAUUGAUCUAGCUGCUAAAGUAGUAAAAAGAGCUAGCUUUCUAUCAUUAAAGGAUGUUUUUGAAUGUGACUUUUUAAGCAGGCACUGGUACAGCUUUAUCCCCAGUCUCUGGCAAGGAGAUCCUUUCAAUAGAUGCAUCAAUUCUGAAUAUGCUGAGAAAGUAAUGGAGCUAAAAAAACAUUUAAUUCACACUCUAACCCAAAAACCAAAUCAUGGCAGUUUGCGGACUAUGCUAGACUUUAUUGAUGAUAUCAAAAGUCUGUGGAACGCUGUAAACCUUGAGCCCAUUCUGAAAUAUGAGCGCAUUAAAGAGGUUAUAACCUACACUGAACUGUCUGAUCGGUACAGGGAGUUAGAACGAGGUAUCCACAAAGAGUUGUAUGAGUGGAGUUCCAAAGAGGAAGCACAAAUUUCACCAUCUCAUGGCGCAGACUUCUUAAAAGAAGAUAUGUUGGAACACCUGCAAAAAAAGAAGCAGGAAAAAUUUGAACAUUUCAGACUCUAUUUGGAUUCGGACAAAAAACAAUUCGAAGAAUGUUUUAUUGAGAAAUUCCAUCUCCUUAGUAAAGAACUUGAAACUUUCUAUAAAAAGAAGUGCACUGAAAUUCAGAUCUUAAGGCAUGGCCUGCAAAUGGCAGUUAUUGAAGACCUUCGUGACCAGGAGUGGGACCCCGAUGAGCUGGAGCCUAAUUUGGAUUUUGACUCAUUCUGGGAAGACAAGGUCAGCCAGCUGAAGUUACAAUUUUUGGAAAAACUUGAUAUUCAGAAUGAAUUUCUGCAGAUACUCAAAAAGGAGAUGAGGGACAGAGGGGGUUUGGUUACUGAAGUUCUUAACAGCGUCAACAAUUUGUCAGACUCUAUGGAAGAAAGCUUUACUAUUGAGGAAAAACAUAUUGAUGCAACUUGGCUCACAAGGAAAGGGGCAAAGAACAAUAACGGUACCAAACCUUGGAGUCGACUGGAGCGCCUUGUUGAAUCUCUAACUAAAAGGUGCAGCAAAUACGCCCUGACCAUGACUAAAUUAAAUAAAGAUUAUGAGCCCAUACACUGUCUAGAGAUGUUACGAAUGAUUAACAAAGUGAUCAGAAAGGAAAUAUUUCCCUUCACAGAUAUGUUUGAGGUUGACCUGAAGCUUCACAUCUUGAGAAGAACAGCCGAGGCCUUCCAAAAAACACAUGAAGCCCUCGUCAAAGCGAAAGAAGAAAAUUUCUUUCUGGAGCAACAGAGGGCGCCACCCUUAAAUUCUUUAAAAAAUAUAAUACAAGACAAAUGCAGCGCUAAACGGUUUUGCCACCUCUGUCUGAAACCUGCUAUGGAGCUACACAUGACGUCAACUCUACAACCUUAUGUUAUUCGGGACAAUGUAGGCGCAGUAAGAAAGAGCAGGAGGACAUCACCAAUUUUAGAUGUGAUUAGAGGCUUCCCUCUCUUCAAUAAUAACAGCCAAGUUUAUAUUGACUGUAAUUUGUUGGCCGAUGCUAUCUCUUCCACCAUGGCAAUUUUGAAAAGGGUGUUACAACGUCACACAGAGAUGGAAUACGACAACGUUAAUGUAUUGAUGGGAGACGUCUGCAUUGCGCUGGCUUCUGAACUGUCUCUAAAACAAAGAGAUAUAGCAGAAUACCCUUUGGAAGUCACAUCCUUAACCCCACACCAAUUUUCCAGCCAUGUUGACUUUUUUAUAAGACAGUUAAAAAAUGAACUCCAGCCAAACAGAGACACGUUCAGGAUUAUGAUACUUAGAGUAUGCAAGAAGCUCUUUGAAUGUAGGAAGCAGAACCAAUACUGCAAAGACCCUUAUAAUUCUGGGUUUAGAAGCCACCAAAAGAACUUUAGGACAUUUUGCAAAAGAAGCAAACCCAGCAAAAUAAAAACUGUUGGACCUCAUUCCUGGCCCAAAGAGUCUUCAGCUCAAAGGGUUCAUAUCAACAUUAAUGUCAAUGAAUCACACCCCCAGCAAUUUGCUAACUGGAGCAAGAACCGUGUUUGGUGGAGGGGGAAUAAGGAGAGAGCUUACUUUGAGGAUAAAACCAACUAUGACACAGUUAUAACAGCCUGCAAUACCACUGGUUGCCACUGGAGGGCGACUCACAUUUAACUGGCUGGACACACACUUGCAGAUGAAACAUUUUGCAUACAAUCUAGUGCAACCUAAAGGCUGGCAAGAAGCCAAGGUACCCUCACACUUCUGAGAUUCCCCCAAGCUGUCCUGCAAACUAGAAUUCUGGCAUUUUUACUUUUUUUACUGUCCACCCACAUCUACCAGGCAACACAACUUAGGGCAGGGGUAGGCAACCUGUGGCACUCCAGCUGUUGCAGAACUACAAGUUCCAUCAUGCCUCUGGGAGUAAUUGUAACUGCCAACCCCAUCAUGCCUCUGGGAGCAAUUGUAACGGCCAACCUUGCAAUCCCUCGUGGGAAAUGUAGUUCCACAACAGCUGGAGCGUCACAGGUUGCCUACCCCUGACUUAGGGGUAGGCAACCCUCCCCCCCCCCCACCACACACACACACACACACACACAUGCAGAUCCCUGUCUGACUGAUCUUCUAGCUUACCCACACUGACACUAAUCUGUAUGCAAUCAGCAGCCAUGCAAUGCAAUUAUCUACAGAUUAACAAGAAAUGUACAGCAAGCAUACAAACCCUGGUAACACAAUGCACAAAUCUCUCUAAGGCCCCGUACACACGAUCGGUUUGAUCCGAUGAGAAUGAACCGAAGUUCAUUUUCAUCGGACCAAAC